CAUUUCGAUAUUAGGCGCACUUGGGAAUAAAUUGUCAACCCCUAAAAACAAACGCAUCCCGCCAUUGGACGUUUGGUAUAACGUCUGUGUCACCCUCGGUGGCAGCAAAUAUACAAUCCUUUCUUUUAAAAUUUAUACCUUCUCCGAGACACGCCCAAAAUACACACUCGUCAUUCAAAAUCCAUACAUCUUUUUAUAUCCAUCCCUUUCCCCCACUGCCAAUUCUUCACCCUCUCUCGCCGUUCAUGGUGUCUUCUUCUUAUUUAUAUGGGUGGCGGAGACGACGCUCCAAAAUGCCCGCCGGACAAGGACGAUCAAGCCACAAUGCAACCGUUUUUGCCGGUGGUGGAGGGGGAGUUGGAACCUUUAUUCGAUGUCCCCCUUUCCGAUGCUCCUAUACUCUUUCUUGUCUUUUUCCACAAGGCACUGCGCCACGAGCUCUCCGACCUCCACCGCUUGGCUGUUAUUGCUUCGGAGAGUGUGUCUAGUAAACGCGAUGUUAUACUUGAUCUCCGUCGGAGAUUUGAUUUCUUCAGACUUGCUCAUAAAUAUCAUUCUGCUGUGGAGGAUGAGGUUAUCUUUCUAGCAUUAGAUGCCCACACAAAAAAUAUUGUACAUAAAUAUGCUCUUGAACAUAACUGUAUAGAUGACCUCUUCGACUCUGUUUACCAUUGCUUGGAUACAUUGGUGGAUGUAAAUAAGGACAGUUCUGAGACUUUUCAAGAACUUAUAUCAUGCAUUGGCACCAUGCACUCCUACAUUUGUCAGCAUAUGCUGAAAGAAGAAGAGCAGGUUUUUCCAUUGCUUCUGGAGCAUUUCUCUUCAAAAGAACAGGCUUCACUUGUGUGGGAGUUCUUUUGCAGCAUUCCUGUAAUCCUGCUGAAGGAAUUGUUGCCAUGGAUGAUCUCCUUUCUCAGUCCAGAAAAACAAGUGGAUGUGACACAUUGUAUUAGAGAAAUUGUACCCCAGGAAAAAUCAUUGCAGGAGGUGGUAAUUUCUUGGCUUUGUAGGAAUGAUCGAUCCUCGUUUGGGGCUUUCACCAAAAUUAGAAAAGAAGCUCUUGAUGGAUGUAUGGAAAGUAUACUGAAAUUGCACUGUUCUGAGAAUCCAUUGAGAGAACCUAGGCAAUUAAGGAAGAUGGGUUGUGUCCCAACUUCUAUUGGAAACAAUAUGGUUGAAUAUCUCCAUCUAUGGCAUUGUGCCAUCCAGAAAGAUUUGAAAGAAAUACUGGAAGAGGCAUAUCAAAGAAGAAACACAAGAAGACUCCUAAAUAUAGAUUCACUAUUAGCCCAGCUGAAAUUUCUUGUUGAUGUCAUAAUUUUCUACAGCAAUGCAUUGAAGAAAUUCUUUUACCCUGUGUUGAAUAAAGUUUCCGACAAUCACUUGUCUAUAAGCUCCAGUGACCAGUUCUCCAUUGAAAGUCAUAUAGGAAGUUUACAUCAGUUGCUACAGUAUGAUACUAAAAAUGGUUUAGGUUUGUCCCAGUUUGUAGAGAAGCUUUGCCAGGAACUAGAGUCCUUUGUGAUGGAUAUUGGCAAACAAUUUUACUUUCAAGAAAUAGAGGUAUUUCCCCUUAUUAGCAAGAACUGCAGUGAUGAUACACAACGGGAGCUUUUGUACACAAGCCUUUGUCUGAUGCCACUAGGACUGCUAAAGUGUGUGAUUCCUUGGUACGCAGCACAUUUGUCCGAGAGUGAAUCCAGGUCCUUUCUUCAUGGCAUAAACCAGCUGGGAGAUAAUUUUGCCGAUAAAUCUUUUGUAUCCGUCUUACUUGAGUGGUUCCACAUUGGUUAUUCAGGUAAACCUUCUGGAAAUUUUGGAAAGAACUUGCAGAAAAUAUCCAAGAGUACAUGCUCAUUUCUGCCUGAGCAAAUCAAGGAAACUAUUGGAUGUUCCUCCUUUUACUCAAACAAACAACCUUGUGGAGAAUCUAAACCUAGUAUAACAGAACCGGUCACUGCUAACAAGGGCAAGACCCUUGUUUCAUACUCUUCUUCGGAAUCCCACAAAGCUGAAGCAUAUGAGAUGCCCUAUGCAAGUGAAAUAAAUCUGCAUGUAUUUUUUCCUGGAACAAAAAGAUUGUUGCGCUCUUUUCCUAAAUUACCUGGUGGAGAGAGUUCUGCAAUUUCCAUUACAGAGGAACCAAAACCAAUGGACCUCAUCUUUUUCUUCCACAAGGCUCUCAAGAAAGACUUUGAAUACCUGGUUUCUGGUUCAGCUCAAUUGGUUGAAAACAUCAUGUUUCUUAAGGAGUUCAGUCAGCACUUCCAUCUUUUGUGGCUCCGUUAUCAAUUUCAUAGUGGUACAGAGGAUGAAAUUGCCUUUCCUGCUCUGGAAGCAAAGGGAAAAGUCCAAAACAUAAGCUACUCCUACACUAUUGACCACAAGCUUGAAGUUAAACAUUUCCAUGAGAUUUCCCUCAUUUUAGACAAGAUGUCUAAAUUGCAUAUUUCGGUUUCUAGUGCUGAUUCCUGCCUGCAGGACCGAAGAAUGGUGAAAUACAAUCAGCUAUGUAUGAAACUUCAUCAUAUGUGCAAAUCAAUGCAUAAAUUACUUUCAGACCAUAUUCAUCAUGAAGAAAUUGAACUUUGGCCCUCAUUUAGAGAAUGCUUUUCUAUCCAGGAGCAAGAAAAGAUCAUAGGACUCAUGCUAGGGAAAGCAAAAGCAGAAACAUUGCAAGAUAUAAUACCCUGGCUGAUUGGCUCCUUAACACCAGAGGAACAGCUUGUCUUCAUGUCCUUAUUGCGCAGGGUGACAAAGAACACAAUGUUUGAUGAAUGGUUAGGAGAAUGGUGGGAAGGGCAUGAUACUGCCCAUGUGGCACCGGAGUCAAACACUUUGUGGACUGCUGAUCCACUGGAGAUAAUCUCAAGAUAUCUAUCUACCGAUGCUCUUGAAGAACAAGGUGACAUCCUUUGUGACAAGGGCAUCAAGUUAGAUUGUUUUGGUGCUAAUAUUGACAUGCUGGGAAAAUGCAAUUUGGAUGAUAAUGCAAAGGUUUCUAAGGGAAACCAAAAUAAUGAAGGUUCAAAAUCCGAAAAACUUGUUAGUGAAAUUGAAAACAAGACAUGCAAUGAGGUUGCUGGUGUGACAAUUAAGGUAGAUAAACCAGGUCAACCUUUUCAAUCAAAUCCAAAGUCUGGACAUCAUGAGCACCUUUUGACCACAAGUCAAGAUGAUCUGGAGGCUGCAAUAAGAAGGGUGUCUCGUGACUCUUCCUUAGAUCCUGAAAAGAAAUCAUAUAUAAUCCAGAACCUGCUCAUGAGUCGUUGGAUUGUUCAACAACGUAUAUCUCACCCACAAGCAAUCAUUUCAAGUAAUGGAGAAGAAUUUCCAGGGCAGCAUCCGUCUUACCGUGAUGCUCUCAAAGUAACCAUGGGUUGCAAACACUACAAAAGGAACUGUAAACUUGUCACUUCCUGUUGCAAUAAGCUCUAUACAUGCAUACGUUGCCAUGAUGAGGUGGCUGACCAUUCAACAGAUAGGAGAACUAUUACAAAGAUGAUGUGCAUGAAAUGCUUGGCUAUUCAGCCAAUUGGACAGACAUGCUCGACUGUCUCUUGUGACAAUUUACCAAUGGCAAGAUAUUAUUGCAAGAUCUGCAAAUUGUUCGAUGAUGAAAGGGAAAUCUACCACUGCCCUUUCUGUAACCUCUGCCGAGUAGGGAAGGGAUUGGGCAUUGACUACUUCCAUUGCAUGAAUUGCAAUGCCUGCAUGUCACAGUCUCUUUUAGCACACAUAUGCAGGGAGAAAUGUUUGGAAGAAAACUGUCCAAUUUGCCAUGAUUACAUUUUCACAUCCAGCACUCCAGUAAAAGCACUUCCUUGUGGUCACUUGAUGCACUCAACAUGUUUUCAGGAUUACACAUGUACUCAAUAUACAUGUCCAAUCUGUAGCAAGUCACUCGGAGACAUGCAGGUGUAUUUUAAGAUGUUGGAUACAUUGUUGGCGGAAGAGAAAAUGCCAGAUGAAUAUUCUGGCAGAACUCAGGUCAUAUUAUGUAAUGACUGUGAGAAGAAAGGUGCAGCUCCUUUCCAUUGGCGCUAUCACAAAUGCCAGUACUGUGGCUCGUACAACACGAGGCUUCUAUGAUGCUUGCUCAAUGGAAAGCUGUUACAGCAUUGUAAGUGGAGGGGGGUGUGACUGAAAAGCGGAAGAGAAUUACUAGGAAUCAUUGCCUAUGUGUAAUGAGUUGUGCGUGAACAGCAUGGAGCUUUCUUGAGCCUGUCUAAUCUGGUAAUGGAGCUGAAAGAUGAUGCCCUGACAGCCAUGAACAGAAAUCCAUCUCGAAUACUGGCUUGGUAAAUAAUAGAACGCAUUGCUUCUGCAUGUUGAGAGGCUUCAAGAUUUUCAAGUAACUUGGUAAUCUUUCUUAAGCCAAAUAAUUUAUGGGCAUUCUGAAACAACUGAGGUUGGCCAUGAGGGAAGUAAGUUGCCAAAAGACAUUCUGAGGAGCACUUUCUCCUUUGAUAUUUGCAAGAAGCACAGGCUGGUAUGGUGCCACCCUCAAGGUUCAUAUUUCUAGCAUCAAAAUUUUGGAAAACAGUGUGUGCUACAGUUUCUACAAGGAUCGAGGACAAGAUAAUAAAAAUGGCUAAAUAUAUAGCAGAGACAGAGGGAGAGAAGAUUGAUAUGCUUGUUGGUGUUGAAACAGAAAUUGUGACAUUUUUUAUGCUGAUGAGGUCUUAUAUGAGCAGAUUUACUAAAUGUGAAGAGACUGAGUAAGAGAGAAGAUUGAAUAUCGAAGAGAGAGCGAAUUUGGUGGAGUUUUGCUGUUUCUUUUAAGGAUUAUAUUAUGACCAUUACGGACAAAUGUUGAUAGUGUAGCAGAGUCCUAUUUUUUGGAGCCAUCUAUGGUCAAUCAAUGCUUCAUACUGACCCAUCUCUUGUUAAAAUUUGGCUUUUAAUCUUUUAUUUUUUCUUUCCAAGC